AAGGCAGUUAAAGAAAUGAUUGGAAAAGACAUCAAUGGAAAGAUGGUAUUUGUAGGCCGGGUACAGAAGAAAGUUGAAUGCCAGGCUGAAUUAAAACGGAAAUUUGAGCAGCUAAAACAGGAGAGAAUCAGCCGCUACCAGGGGGUGAAUCUCUAUAUUAAGAACUUGGAUGACACCACUGAUGAUGAAAAAUUAAGGAAGGAAUUUUCUCCUUUUGGAUCAAUUACCAGUGCCAAGGUGAUGCUUGAGGAUGGGAGAAGUAAAGGCUUUGGCUUUGUCUGCUUCUCUUCACCUGAUGAGGCUACUAAAGCAGUAACAGAAAUGAACGGGGGCAUUGUGGGCUCAAAGCCCCUAUAUGUUGCACUUGCACAGAGGAAAGAAGAAAGGAAAGCCCACCUAACCAAUCAGUAUAUGCAGCGUAUUGCAGGAAUGAGAGCCCUCCCUGCCAACACUAUCAUCAAUCAGUUUCAGCCAACUCCUGUGGGAUACUUCAUGCCAGCAAUGCCCCAGGCUCAGAAUAGACCUCCUUAUUAUGCUCCCAAUCAGAUAGCCCAGAUGAGACCCAAUCCCAGAUGGCAACAAGGUGGAAGACCUCAAGGCUUCCAAGGAGUACCAAACACCAUUCGGCAGUCUGGGCCACGCCCUGCUCUUCAACACCUGACUCCAGCCAGUAAUACCCAGGCUUCUGGAGGGCUCCCUACUACACCUCAGAGAGUGGGGGUGCCUACUGCUGUGCAAAAUUUAUCUCCUAGACCUUCUGUAGCUACCCCUGCACCUCGAGCCGUCCCUCCUUACAAAUAUGCUGCAAAUGUCCGAAGUCCCCAUCCAGCCAUCCAGCCUUUGCAGACACCUCAACCAGCGGUCCAUGUGCAAGGCCAGGAGCCCUUGACAGCUUCCAUGCUAGCUGCUGCUCCUCCCCAGGAACAGAAGCAGAUGCUAGGAGAGCAUUUGCUCCCAUUGAUUCAAACCAUGCACAAUAAUUUAGCGGGGAAGAUCACAGGUAUGCUGCUAGAGAUAGAUAAUUCAGAACUGCUGCACAUGCUGGAGUCUCCAGAAUCCCUCCGUUCAAAGGUGGAAGAAGCUGUAGCAGUAUUACAAGCUCAUCAUGCCAAGAAGGAAGCUGCUGAGAAGGUGGCCGUGGUUGCUGCUACCUCUUAG